UAUAAUAAUGCGCUCAAAUAUUUGAAUAUUUCAGAUUUGAAGUGAAUAUAUUGCACAAUGCCUCAGGUUCAGUCCCGGCUAGACCUACCCACGAGGAAGCCUAGAUUCUGCAACGUUAAACGUGAUGAAACCCCAACACGGGCAGGACGGAGAAAACUGAUAGCUCCUAUAGAGAACCCUGAGAACAUGCUCCGAACUCCAACCCGUAAGAACGGGUCCAAACUCCGGGAUAGAUCUGGAACCCCUGCUAGGAACGGGUUGAGAACUCCGAACAAGAGGAACGGGGAAGAUUUCCCAAACGUGGAAGUAUCUCCGACUAAAUCUCUCCGAACUUGUGAUAAUCUCAAGGAGAACUCUCAUCCUAACAUUAACAUCCAGAGUCCGAGUGUUCAUCUUGCAAGGUUGAAUAUAAACAGUCCUAAGAUCAAUCUCCGUUCUCCUCUGGUUGAACAGAAAACCCAGAACAAUUCUCCGGCUCAGGGGGCCAAGGGAACCAACCUUUUCAGUCCGAAGAAACUUAACGCAGAAAAUAUUCAAGAUAUCCUUUUCAGUCCGAGUAAAUCUAGCUCCGGAGUUCAAAACAUUCGAGUAGACGAUGAUAUUAGUUUCCGUAGUCCGAUGAAACCUAAGUCUCUGUGUCCCCCCAGAUCUCCUCGCCACUCUAUCCAGAUUAGCCCUGUAAAAUCCCUCUUUAUUAAACCUGUUACGCCCGGUAAGUCUCCGAGAAAGCCUAGUGGACUCACUGAUAACGAUGUAGAGAACUUACUCUGUAGUCCGGAGAAACCUAAAUCCACUCUGAAACCGUCCCGUCCGUCCGCCCCUCCUCCGGUCGGAAUCCUCUUUACGAAACUGACUUCAAGUCCACUCAAAAUCUCUUCAGCUAACGAGCUAGAGAAUCUUCUCUGUAGUCCUGCGAAGGAGCGAAGUCCUCGGAAAUCUCUUGCUCCAGUAAAAUCCCUAAUCCCUGUAAGGAGUCCUAGAAAGGCAUUAACUCCUGUUAAAUCUCCUAGGAAAGGAGCAGCAAACCUCUUCUCUUCUCCGGUUAAAGCAUCAACUCCUGGUAAACCUGAAACUCCGUCUUCUCUAUUCAAAGCUGAUGUUACUCAGUUCCAGAAUGCGCGUCAAGCUCUGCAUACAGGAACUCCCAGCGAGCUGCUGUGUCGCUCAGAACAGGUUCAAACCAUGUCCACCUGGCUAGACCAACAUCUACUGAAAAACAAACCUGGAUCCUUGUAUGUGAGUGGAGCUCCAGGGACGGGGAAAACUGCAACCCUCACCCACCUUCUUAAAAACAAAUUAGGUUCUCAGACGACUGUGUUUAUAAACUGUAUGAUCUUGAAGUCCUCUGUGGGUAUCUACAAGGAGGUGGCCAGGCAACUCAACAACAAAAGCGUGGUGAAGGGGGAGAAGGACGCGAUUAAGGAGAUUGAGAAGAUUAUCACGUCCAAGGGAGAAAUGAUUCUACUAGUCCUGGAUGAGGUAGACCAGCUUGAGAGUAAGAACCAGGAUGUCCUGUAUACUGUGUUUGAAUGGCCGGCUCUCUCCGGGUCCAGACUAUCACUGGUCGGCAUAGCGAACACGUUGGAUCUAACAGAUCGAGUUCUGCCCAGACUUAAGAUAAAAGAGUGGUAUAGACCUACUUUGCUUCACUACCCUCCCUACAACAAGCAACAGAUAAUGGAAAUAAUUACAAAAAGAUUAGCUGCCAGUGGAGUAGAAACUGACGUAAUCGCGCCACGCGCAAUCGCUUAUCUAGCGGGGAAGAUAUCAACGCUAUCCGGGGACAUUAGAAAAGCACUGGAUGUUUGCAGGCGUGCAUUGGAGCAAGCAGAAACUAACACGAGAAAACAAACCUUACUGAAACCCCUGACCCCUAGGGGAUUAAACUCCCCCUCUAAAUCCCCGCAUAAGGGAUACAAGAUCCCUAAACCCGUGUCAAGGAUUGGUCAGGUUGAUCUCCCACAGAUCAUGAAGGUGAUAAACCAGGUGUACGGGAGCAAGCUUAACUCAUGUAUGUCAGGGGUGGGAGGGAUACCCACCCAGCAGAAGAUCCUGGUCGCGAGCCUCCUCCUCAUGGUGAAGAAGGGAACGAGCAAGGAGGUCACCUUCGGUCGCCUCCUGGAGACCUACAACAAAGUGUGCUUGAAGCGGGGGAUGGUGGCGGGGGAGGAGGGGGAGUGUGUCGGGAUGAUCCAGAGCCUGGAGAGCCGAGGGAUGGUUGGGUAUAUCUGUAAGGGAGCUCCGAGGUAUGCCAAGGUUAGCUUGAGGUUGGAUGAGAAGGAGGUUGAGAUGGCUCUUGAGGAUAAAACUCUUCUCUCAAGCAUCAUCAAUGAUAUGCUUUGCCUUUCCUAAACCAUCCUACUUCACACUAUACACGUAGUUUAAAUUAUCAAAUCAUAGAAAAUUGUAAUUUGGACCGAUAUAAUUUGUAAAUUUGAAAAUUGUUUUUAUUCUUAUGACCUUGUAUGCUGAAAAUUUAACUAGUUUUUUAUAUGACUUUUUUAAUUUAAAUAUUAUCUAUGACUGAUCUCAAUAAAUAUCUUUAAAUGUUC